UCUCUCCGCUCCCCUCUAUAAAACAAUCCCCACACAACAUCCUCAAUCACCAAGUUUUUCCUUCUAUUAUUUCUUUCAUUUUCUAGCCAAACAAACAAUCACUUUUUCGUUCCAAUGGCUCGCACAAAGCAAACCGCCCGAAAAUCUACAGGAGGCAAGGCCCCAAGGAAGCAGUUGGCCACCAAGGCAGCGAGGAAAUCAGCUCCGGCAACCGGUGGUGUGAAGAAGCCGCACAGGUUCAGGCCUGGAACUGUUGCCCUGAGAGAAAUCAGGAAGUAUCAAAAGAGCACAGAGCUCUUGAUCAGGAAGCUUCCAUUCCAGAGAUUGGUGAGGGAAAUCGCUCAAGAUUUCAAGACUGAUCUGAGAUUCCAAAGCAGUGCUGUUGCAGCCUUACAGGAAGCAGCUGAAGCAUAUUUGGUUGGGUUGUUUGAGGAUACUAAUCUGUGUGCUAUUCAUGCUAAGAGGGUUACUAUUAUGCCCAAGGAUAUUCAGUUGGCAAGAAGGAUUAGGGGUGAGAGGGCAUAGAUUGGGGUUGUUGUGUUCUAUUAUGUCUUUAUUUUUAGUUUUUUUUUUUAAAUUAGAGAUCUAGAUUUUAACUGAUUAGGGUUUGACUUAUGAGUGUUAGAGGUGAAAAUCCAGUGGAAAGUCUCGUCUUUUUGUUAAAUCAGGUAUUGUAGUAAACCUGUUUGUGAAAAGUUCUGUUUGGGUUUGAUUCUUACUAGCAUUAAUCAUUUCUUCUAAUUAAUCCAA